CUAGUUGAGGCGGGUGUGGAUGACUUUAGAAUAAAACUACAGCCCUGCCUUAUGAGCUUUAAACCGCGCUGAACCCAGAUACACAGCAGCUUGGCGGCGUUUAAUUUCACUGUUCCAGCAUGUCCUCAGACAUUAACACAGACUUGGAGCUCGAACUGGGCGAGUUGCUUCAGGAGUUCCAGGAUGUGGUGGAGGAGCUGAAGGCCCCUGCACAGAGCAAACCGCACGCUUACCAGCGCAUCCUGCAGGAGGCCAAAACUCGCACAGGGCCGGGGGACGACAGCGGAGUCGAGGACUCCGAUUACAGCAGUGAAGCUUCUUUGGGAAACAGUUUAAACACCAGCGAGGAGGAGCUUCACACAGCAGGCAUAACGCUGGCACCGAAAGCCAAGCUGGGAGACACAAGGGAACUUGAGAGUUUUAUCGACAUGUUAGACCGGGAGCUUGCUGAGAUGUGAACAGAGAGAGAUAGCGAGCUACGUAGAGGGGGUUGAAACAGGCCGGGGGCGACAUGGCUGGCUACCGCCGAGCAGACAGGCAGAUCUACACCAGAGCAGAUCUGAGGGAGCAAAUGCUCCCCUGGCCGCUCCAGGGGAAAAGGUUAACAUCAGAAAUUAAAAGGGCACUCCAUUCCAAAAUGCAAGAACACCCUCAGACCCCUAGCAACUCCGUGUCCAGCCAGCAAGACGAUGUCCCUGCAGCAUCAGAUCCAAGAUGUGUGACAUAUUCCCGAAACUACACAAAGCUUCCAUCUGUCUGGGCGUAUGAGGAAACGCUGCCUAGAGUAUAGAAAGCAUUUUUAUGCCACAUUUGAAAUUCCCAUAAGAACCAUGCCAGGAAAGGGCCCUAAAUCCUAGGUGCCAUAUUUCUUUAAAGAAGGCUGAUCUUUACCGUGUUUAAAAUUGCAUAUGGCACUUUAGUUUUAAACUAAUUUCAAGUCCAAGGGAUUCAAAGUCCAAGGGGUUCAGAUCUGCUGUGUAAUAUCAAAUGUCAUUUUUAUGCCGAUGUUUGUUGUUGUUGUGAAAAUUCAUUUUUUUAUAUAAACUGUUGUACUGAUGAAUGCACAUAUAAAUAAAUCUAUGUUUUGAUUUUA